AUGCGGUUGACGGAGCCGACCUUCCUACGCCGGAUCAUCAACAGCACCUAUCACAGCUUCAAGGUUAUCCCUAAACCGGACAUAUGGAUGAAGAGGGAGCGACAGAAGCGUUUCGUCGGGUGGCAAUUCGGUAUCAAUCGCGACGAAUGGAAGCAUGGCGAGGCGAAACUCAACAAGCUCUUCCACUACCAACAAAUGCACCGCGUGGAUGAGCCGAAGCUGGAAAGAUUUUAUGCACAGGAGCGAGUCACGGCAGCGCUGGCUGAACACCAUAUGGAAUACAAAUAUUUCCGCAGCAUGCUGGACAAGGCACAUAUACAACUCGACAACAUUGUGCUAUCGCAACUUGCCAUUUAUGAACCCAGGACGUUCCAUAGCCUCGUGACUUUGACAAAAGAGAUGAUACGCAGAGAAGGCGUCCCUGUGGUCGCAGAUGACAAGGAAUUUCACACCGAGGUCCAUCUCGACGAAUCCCUGUUCGGCGAACCGUUCCCGAAGGCUCGUCGCUACCCACGAGGCAGCGCCGUCAACCAUACCACCAAGCCGCGGCGACUUCGCGAGGACGAAUAU